AUGGACCGUAUAACAUCGCACCGACAGUUCAGACCUUCACAUGCAUCCCAGUUCGCGCUGGAGGAACAUCUGCAAGAGAAUGCACCGGUCACUCCUUCAAAAUCUCCGAACAAGACGAGACUCACCGAAUCAGAAGACGACAAUUGCAGUUUGUUUGGCGAGUAUUCUAGCAGUUUAGAUCUGUCUCCUGUGCGCGAACUCGAUGGAGUCCGGAAUGACCGAAAUACGAACGUCAAGUCUACUAUUCCAACAGUACCCUUCAGUCGGCAGCUUGAUACGCACUUCAUCUUUAACGAAACCUUGCCUACAAAUCCAACUAAUAGUCCGGCGUCCGAAAGCGAACAGGCAAAGCACCUUUCGUCUGCACACCUGUACCGCGAAAGAAACAGAAAAAGUGCGCUCUCAUCGCAUCAGAGUAACAUCACCUCGAUCACCUGCAGCUCAGAGAACAUCCGAGCUCGCCUCUUGACCAAUGAAGAUGAGAGUAAUUGGAGACCACCAAGGCCACCGAAGCCUCCUUUCCUCUCUGAUGCUGCGGUAGAGGAUUUCAAGCUCUCUGGCCAAGCACAACAACGAGCAAGUACAAUCUCACCGGAGCGCAAGCAUCCCACGCCAUCACAACACGCAAUUCUUCCCCAGCCCUCAAGAUGGCCUCAACCACAUUCUCGCUUUGUGGAAUAUCUCCCUUCGGAAGAGAAAGUUGCCUCGUUUGUGCAAAGAGAUACAUGGAUCGAUUCGAGCCCACAGAAGCCUCAUGAUCAGCGGAGAGUUGCCCAUCGCGGUGUUGAGAAUGCGUAUCGUGUUCUGUUAGGCGAUCCGGACAAGCCAUUUCCAGCUCCAAUACCCACCAGCGACAGAUUACCAUUGCUUCGGGCUAUACUUUCUCCAAAGUCCCGAAUCGCAUUCUUGAGGUCACUCAGCACCGAUUAUGGAGCCUCGUCUAGCAGACCGACAGAGGACACAUUUCUGAAGCAUUUAGCCGGUUUGCUGUCGCGUCCCUCGAGAUUGGUUCCCCACUGGCAGAAGCUGCGCAGUUCUUCUCCGAUAACAUUGACCCUAUACCAGCCUCUACACAACUCGCAGUGCUCCUCGCUAGUACAAGUUUCAUACAUGGUGCAUGUGGAAACUGUUCUAUCCGCCUACCGGAAACGUGCUGCAGAUUCGGAACAGGAUGUACCCUCUCCCAAUACUUCAAUGGAUGGGUAUACACGUCUUUUCGAAUUGCGUCUCUCCGUGCCGACCUUAUGCUUUGAGAUCGUCCGGCCAUUCAUCGUUGGUAUGCGGCAUCCAGUCUUAGUGACCAUUGCAUCGAUGUUCGUCUGUGUCUUUGCGAUCGUCCUACGAUUCCUUGCUGGUAUGGGUUUUCGGAGUCUGUCCAGCCUUCAUGAACACCGCCCUUAUUUGGAUGAGGAAGAUCCGGAGUCCGCUGCACUCCAAAAGUGA